UCUGGUUUACACAUAAUGGUGUUGAUUCUCUGUAUUACUUCAUGUGGAUCUGCUCUUCUGUUCAGCUCUCUCAUAUACUGCAAAUCAAACAAUACAGGGUUCAUUGUGAAAUGCUCUUAUAAAGAACAUUCUCUAAGAGGUUCAGUGGUUCUGCCCUGUUUUAUUGAUCCACAAUUGAUAAAGAAAGGACUGAAGGUGGAGUGGAGAAGAUCACGUUUACAGAGUCCAGUGUGUGUGUAUCAAGAUGAAAAAAUCAAAAUUCGUCAGGAUUAUCAUGAUAGAGCUCAUUUCUUCACUGAAGACAUUACACAGGGAAACUUCUCCCUACUGUUGAAGAAUCUGACAGCUGAGGAUGAGGGACGAUACACAUGUAAAGUUCACACGGGACAGAGAUCUGUGUUUUCAGUCAAUGUAAUUUUGAAACACCAAGGUCCAAGGGCCUCUCUGAAAUAUUUUUGUGAUCAGAUUGUUCCUCUGAAAGGUUCAGUGGUUCUUCCCUGUUUAAAUGACAAACUCUCAUCAAAAGUAGGUCUGAAGGUAAAAUGGAGUAAGUCAGGAUUAGAGAGUCCAGUGUGUGUGUAUCAAGAUGAGGAUAUUAAGCCAGAGACUCAACAUCAGGAUUAUCAAGAUAGAGCUCAUUUCUUCACUGAAGACAUUAAACAUGGAAACUUCUCCCUCCGACUGGAAGAAGUAAGAAGUAAAGAUGAGGGACAAUACACAUGUAAAGUUUACAUACGACAGAAAUUUAUUUUCAGUUUAUACAGAGAAGUGUUCUCCGUCAGCACACAACUGGUGCGAAGACAUCAAUCUUCAGGUUCAGUUUUCCAUCUUCAUAUGUUUCUGGUCUUCUCUCCGAAUCUCAUCAUGUUCUUUGCGUUUAUCUUCUGGGGUCUCUCUGGAGGAUCUGUGAAUGAGACGAUCUGCUGCUGUGCUCUUUAUAUUCUCAGACCUCUCAUGUUACUCUUUGCUGCUCCAUAUGUAAAUGAGUUUAAUGACAAUAUUAAAAGACUGGUUUAUAUUGCAGAAUAUUUUGUUUUGACAGCUGUUAUUUAUUCAGCUCUUUUUACAAAUACUUUGGAGAUUCUUUUGAGUUAUACUAAAUUGGAAAGAGUCCUGAUUUUAACCAUCUAUGCAGUAAUAUUUUUGUGCUGCUUUAGCAAAAUCAUGAACAUUUUAGCUAUACAGAUUGGAAACGGAGAAGGACAAAUAAGUAAACUAUGUAAUGUUGUGGCUGAUGUGACCUUUAAUAUUCUGCCUAUAUUACAAUUCAUUCUUCUGUUUUAUACAUUUGGAUCAUUCAAAGGAGCAUUCGUCAUUGUUGCAGUUUUACCAGUUUUAAUAGGAAUGACAAACGAAAGAAUGUUUCGUAAAUGUUUUCGUUUCGGCUGGAAACUUCCAGUCAUGAGAACAGUGUGGUUCAUUCUCACAUUAGUGUUGAAUGUAGCAAUGAUCGGCAUUUACGUCUAUACACUCGAAAAUAAAACCGAUCCUGUUGGAUGGGGCUGUGUGAUUGUGUUUCUGCAGAUACUGUGGGCAGUUGUGAGAUUCACAGAUCGAAGAUUUCAUAAAUUCUCUUUACUGUUCAGAUCUUUGUUCUCUGUUCCUCCGGGUUUUCACCGUUUUGUCACUGUGUAUUUGUUUGGAUCAGUUGGUGUUGUUUUUAUCGGCGCUCUUGGACUGAUGACUGAACUGAUACUGAAAACAGUAAAUGGUGAGCGUGCAGUGAUGGAUCUGAGAUUCAUUGUCUUUCCAUCUGAAUGUUUUUUCGUCAUGUCUGUUAUGAUUUUAGGACAGCUUAAAUACGGUGAGUAAAAACCGAAA